CAUCAGUCUGUCAGGCUUUGAGUCUUUAUCUGUGUUAAAGAUGAUUAUAGUGAUUCUGAAUGGCAAGAAAACAUACUGUUCUCUUUUUAACAGUGUCUGUCUUUAUCUCACCCUUAACUCUCUCUCUCUCUCACUCUCUCUCUCUCUGUGUCAGAGGAGGUUGUUUGUGGUCAGGAAGUGCAAAUGUGUCUCAGUGCUGCUUGAGCAAAAGUCAUUGCAGAGCACAUCCGCCCUGUGUGUCUUUAAAAAAGAGUUGAGUGGGCUUUACAGAGGGACACGGCUGAGGCUCUUUGAGAUUGUUGGAUGAAAGUUUUGUUCUGCGUGGGAGGAAACGGUGUCGAGCUCAAAAUGGAUGCCCUGCUCAUCAAGGACUGAACCUAAGCCCUUCCUAAACUCCUCAUGAUGACGAUCUAAAUGAGAAGACUAUGGAGGAUAUUGUAGACUAUCAGGAAUCUGAGCCUUACCUGGAGGCCAAGCAGUACAUCGAGAGGAUAAAGCAGGAGAACGAAAAAAGCCUUGGGAUCGAGGGCGUCCCGUUGAAGAGCGUCGGUCUGGACGUGUCAGAUCACGGGGUCUCUCUGACCGUGUACCCCGUCACCAUACCCUGUUCUCCUCUGUCUUAUGCCACUGUGCAGUGGGACGCCCCCGAGACCCCAGCAGAACCGCCGGCUCCUGGAUCGGACCAUGAACUAGACUCCAUUGAUGAACCAGGGUUUGACUGGACGUUGAAUCUACCAUCUGAAGACCUCAAUUAUAUCACAAAUCAGGACGACGUUGUUGACUUGCUACCUGAAGCCGAGUCACAAGCAGACGUCAGACUUGCAUCUUCCCAGGCAUGUGAUGCACAGAAAUCAGAUACACAAACACAAAUGGCACCUUCACAUGAGGAGUCCUCCACAUCUUUUGCAGAUAUUGAAGAUUCCAGAGCAGAUGUGACUGAAGAUGAUUUUGAACCUGAUGGCGCUCAGAUCUUUAUGGACACAAGAGACUCAGAGAUUCAGCCAGUUCAAGAGAGACCACAGUCGCAAGAAGAGGAGGAACCCGGCAUGUUAUUCCUUCCCAAAAUAAUGUUCAAGCAUGAGGAAAGCACAGAUUCAGGAAGUGAAGAGCAAACACAAGAGUGGACUGAGAUCGAAGCGAACGGAGAAUCAGCAGAUGCAAGAACCAACAUUCAGGAUCAGAUUCAAGGAUCUGACAGUGUGGAAAAAGAAGAGUCAAGUCCUACAGAGGUCCAGUCUGAUCAGUCACAGGACACCUUCAUUACAAGCCGAACAGAACCAGCAGAGCAGCUGUCGGACCUCACCACCGGUUCGGUGGGACUCGAGGAAGCAAUACUGACACAAGAGCCGGACAAGAUGAGCACAUCCAUUACAGCGACAGAGAUGAGCCAGAAUAAUGACAGUCAGGACUUAGACCUCUCAGAGCAGGUCAACAAACAAGACCAAGAAAAAUGUAAAGAAGAGCUGGUAAAUUCAGAGCAAAAGGCUGAACCUGAAAAUGGGCUGCCAGAAGAAGCACAAGAGCCUGAGCUGGGAGAACCAGAUGAGAGCGAAUCCUCGGAGCAGAUCCAAUGUUCAGAUGAGCAGAAACCCUGCGAUCAGACGCCACAAUCAGAGAUGGAGCCACCAGAGUGUCCAGACCCGUCCAGUGACCUGAAACAUGUGGCGGACGAGGAACAACACGAACAGGAUAUGACAUCAGUGCACCGUAUGACAGAGGAGGUGCCUGUUCCGGACACAAACCCCGCGGGUCCUUGCAUUAACGGCAGUGCUGAGAUGGUGAACAGGGCCGAGGCUCAACGCUUGGCUGAGAGGCUCUACAGAUUGGAUGGUUUUCAGCGUACAGAUGUGGUCAGGCAUCUGGACAAAGACAACGACUUCAGUCGUGCUGUUGGGGAAGAGUACCUCAAAUUCUUUGACUUCACCAGGCAAAGUCUGGAGCAAGCGCUCCGGUCAUUUCUGAAGGAGGUGGUUUUGACCGGUGAGACUCAGGAGCGUGAGAGAGUCCUGCAGCGCUUCUCCUCUCGUUUCCAGCAGUGUAAUCCUGACACCUUCUCCUCAGCGGGAUCGGUGCUCACGCUCACAUGCGCCAUAAUGCUGCUUAACUCAGACCUGCAUGGACAGAAUGUCGGGAAGCCCAUGUCCUUGGCUGAAUUUGUGUCAAAUCUGGAGGGCAUGAAUGGAGGCGAGAAUUUCAGCAAGGACUGUCUGAAGAGUCUCUACAGCUCCAUCAAGACCGAUCCGCUUCAGUGGGCUGUAGAGGAUGAGAUUCUGGCUAAAUCCAUGAUGCUCGAGCAGGAUCAAGACCAGGAAGGACAUCUACGCUCAAAGAGUAACCCCUUCCAGGAUCUCCCUCACGACACCAAGGCCACUGUGUUCCAGAAAGGCUUUUUAAAACGCAAAGCGCAUGCAGACAUUGAUGGCAAACGCACUCCGUGGGGGAAACGAAGCUGGAAGACAUUCUAUGCCAUGCUGAAGGGAAUGGUGCUUUACCUGCAGAAGGAUGAUUAUGUGAAGGACUGCCAGAGCUCAGAGGAAGUGGUCAGCGUUCAUCACUCUCUGGCAGAGCGAGCUCUGAAUUACACCAAACGGCCGCACGUGUUUCGCUUGCAGACGGCCGACUGGAGGGUCUUCCUUUUCGAGGCUGCGUCCACGGAGCAGAUGAACUCCUGGAUCGGGCGGAUAAACCUGGUGUCUGCGCUGUACUCCUCGCCACCCUUUCCUGCUGCUGUCGGCUCUCAGAGGAAGUUCUGUCGGCCCAUCCUGCCCGCGUCGCAGUCAAACCUCGUGCUGGACAAACAGUUGCAGUCGCAUGCGGCCAUGUUACAUAGCUUCCAGCAGGAUCUGACUGCGCUCCAGCAGGAGGCGUCAGAGAGCAGGAAGACCAAAACCAGGGAGCUGGAGGAGAUGCGGCAGAGAGAGGAGUACCUGCAGUACGAGAAAUCUCGUUAUGAGGUUUAUCUUAAAGUUCUGGAGGCCUGGCAGACGCUGCAGACGUCCGAUUCAUCAGUCGGAGACAGACUGAACGUGUUCGAUGAGGGAUUGUGGAGAGGAGAGAUGGACGAGGAGCAGGAUGAGGCUGAUGCCGGGAUGAAGCGAUCGCACUCCAGUCCGUCUCUGGAGUUAGAAACGCCUCCUCAGCCUGUAGUGAAAGUGCGACGCAACAUCUCAGAGAGACGCACCUAUCGAAAGAUCGUAGUUCCACGGCGGAACAAGGAGAUUUGAACAAAAAAAAUGAACUGUUACACACAAACUGUCAUGCUUGAAGCACUUGAAUCCUUUAAAGUUUUACAUCAUUUAAUAUAUUUUUAAAGUCUGUCUGGUCCAAGGUAAAAAAAAAAGAAAAAAAAAGAAAAGAGCAACAACUGUAGUCUUUUUAAAUAUAAAGAAUUUUUGCACAAACCUCUUAUUAAUUGACCCUCUUCAUACUGUCCACAAGAGGGAGAUGUUGCUCAAGAUGUUUAAAUGAAGGACAAUAGUUUUUACCUCAUUCCUAACCAUCACAUGUCAAUAAGAGUUUUUGAGAGGUCAGUUUAAUGUGUCGUCAACACAACCAUAGUAAACAGUGUGAAGAAGGGAUACGGUGUGUGUUCAGUGCUGUCGCUCAGGAAUACACUUGUUCCAGCCACAUUUCCUCUGUUUGAAAUCAUGGUGAUAAAGAGACCUCUGAUAGAGCCACUGCUGAAUGGCUCUUGUGUAUUGAGUGUUUGUGAAUUUCUCAUAUCCUUUCAUUUAAACAAGAACCCGUCAUUAAGCGCAGAUGCUGAGGAUGUGUUUGAUGGAUUGUGCCUCCAGGCUCUGGAUGCUCAGGAUGUGUCGGCUUGAUAAAGAUCUGAAAAGCCAAUAUCAGAUAAAUGCCGCCUGUUGACACGUAAACAGAUUGUGAGGAAAAACAAUCAAACUGUCAGUGAGUCAGAAAAUGACUGAACGCCACAUGGAUAGACCCAGAUUUGUGCUCUUAAAUCACAACGCAAGUACUGAUGUAUGAUCCUGAAUAUGGCUAGACAAAAUAUUUUGUAAUUAAGCAACUUAUAUAGAAUAAGUUGAAGAGAAUUAUGUUCAAGAAACCAACAUGAACAUACAUUACACGUUAGGGCCAUAGCCAUUGUGGGGGACAAGCCCUCCCAAUAAUUGGAAAUGGCCAAAUUGUCCCCCCCAAUAUUUGAUAUUUCUUAAUGCUGCUCUCCAUUAUGCAUCGCUUUGUUUGUUGGAUGACUGAGAGUUUAAAAAGUUAUAUUUUUAAGCUGGUCUGCUUCAGUGGUCUAAAAGCACUCAUCAAUGUCAAAAUGACGGCCAAUCAGAUCAAAGAAGGCGGGGCUUAAUGUUCACUGAAGACGAGUGUGAAUUCCAAUGCAACACUUUUAGUUUUUACAGUGACGUGUGUGGUAAAAUAUAGCUAAACAUUGAAUAUUUGACUGUUUUACGAUGGAUAUGUUUAACGACCCACAGUAACAUACAGUGAUGCAAACUACUCAACUCAUUUUGAAUUGAAAACAUGCUAUAGUUUCAGACAAGAGACGUUUUAUACAUUUUUGACAUAUUAGACAUACCAACAAGAGUGAACGUGCAUAUUUUUAAAUAAAAUAUUAUUUGCCAAGAGUUUAAA